AUGAAGCGGUACACCAUAACUCCUCAGAACCGCAAAAGCAUCAAGCUCAACCCAACCACACUCAAACCUACGCAGUUUCCCAGAAUGUCUCUUGCCACGGAUGAUGCUGUCCAGAAAGAACACAGAAAUACGAGAGAUAAGAUCUACAAAGCAGCAUGCAUUGAAAAUAUUGUAAAGUUCCUUACAGAAAAUGCAUACGACAGUGCAUUCAGCCAUAAAAUUUUAGGAAACCCAUCAAACAAGGACUUUCAAAACAUUUUUAAAUUUAUCUAUUCGUUUAUUGAUUCUACGCCUUUUUUAAAGUUUGAGGAUGAUGUGCUUGGCAUUUUGAAAUUACUAAAGUAUCCGUAUUGCAACGAGAUAACAAGAAGCCAGCUCACAGCAGUCACGCCACACACAUGGCCCGUAGUUCUAAGUAUGAUGAGCUGGAUGGUUGAUCUUAUUAGAAGAUCAGACGAGAUUGAAAAUCAAACAGCAACUGUUGAGGACGAGUUCUACGAGUAUGUUUGUGAAGGUUAUAUGAAAUUUAUGGAGGGUGAAGAGGACGAGAGUUUAGAUCAACAGUUUAUCGACAAGAUUUCACUGAUGCAUUCCAAAGAGACAUCUGAGAUUGAAAUUCAGAAAAACGAAGUUGAGCUGAUGAUGGGUGAGCUUGAAAACCUAAAGAGUAAGUUCGAUGAUCUUUCAAAACUAGAGACUAAAAAGAAGAAGAUUAACGACGAUCUUAAUGCACUUAUAAUCAACGAUAAGCAGCUGGAGGCAAAGAAAACAAAGUAUAUUUCGGCAAUAGAAAAAAUAGUAGAAGAAAUAACAACAAUUGAGAGCCAAAUCGAUGAACUAAUCAAGGUUAAGAACGAGCUUGUUGUUCAAAUUAAUUCGCAAAUUAUCAACCCCAACGAUAUCAAAGAAAUGAACAUUGAAAAGGUGGAACUAUUUAAAGAGCUUGAAAGAUUAAAGCCUGAAAGAGAGAGCUUAUCGAAAAUCAUUGAAGCUAGCCGAAAGCAGAGUUGCAGAAAAAACAGAUGA